GAGAACAGCAGGCCCGCCGCCGCGCCGCCCACUAGGUAGGUUUUGUUUGGGAUCUCACCAUUUCUUCCUCGUCUCCGUCUCUACACGGCGCCGCCGCCGCCGCUGCCGCCAGCUGCUGCCGGGAGCCAAGCCCAAGCCUGAACGUAAGCCAUGGCGAUUGGUUCUCUCAUCGCCUCGAGGUUCGCCAGGUCUAGCCAUGCCCUCCUCCCCGCCGCCGCCGCGGCCAUCUCUCAGGCUCCCAGGGCCCAGAACGUCGCAUCUCCUCUACUUUCUGGCCUUGGAGCCGCAGCGCGUGCUUUCAGCUCAAGGGCUCUAUGGAAGGGAGCAUUCGUUGAUGCUUUCCUGGCUAGAAUAAAGAAGAACAGAGAAAACAUGAAUGGCAAGAAGAUUUGGUCUCGUAGAUCUUCUAUUUUGCCGGAAUUCGUCGGUUCCUCUGUGCUCAUUUACAAUGGAAAAACUCAUGUCCGGUGCAAGAUCACGGAAGGGAAGGUUGGCCAUAAAUUUGGAGAGUUUGCUUUUACACGGAGACGAAGGCCCCAUCGAGCAAUAAUUGCAAAGGGAAAUCAAGGAAAGGGCAGAAAGUAAAAGGAGAAAUGUGCAUGAAAGGUGGGUUUAAGGGCGGUGGGAUGAGGGCAUAGUUGACGAACAAGCACUUGAAUCACCAGAGUUUAUGAUCUGGACUGCUUUUUUCUCAGACCAAAUAAUUUCAGGAGAAUGUUAGCUCAUCUUACUUAAAGAUUUGCCCAUGGACUCUGUUCCUCUGUUAAUUAGGGCUUACUAUUGGUGUUAUGGGUGAACAUUAAACUGAUUGUAAGUCAUGCCUUAGAGAUUGCUUUUUUGGCCAGAAUUAGCUACACUGGUAGAAUAUUUCUUGUCCAAACUGACUGCUGCUAGCAGAUUUGAGUGCCUCAAGUAGCCGUUUGAUAGAUGUGAACUCUUGCUUCUUUGCUCU